UUUCAACUCCUAGUCCUAUAUACAUACAGCGGUACCCGGGGGCUCGGAUCGGAUCUAAGCAAUUCGUCACGCCGUCCAGUCGUGCUGCCUACUCAACGUAGUUCCUCACCUGCGGAGUUGCGUGGGCGAAGGCGAGAUCAGACCAGGAGAGAAGAUGGCGCAGGGGACGCUGGAGGUGCUGCUCGUCGGAGCCAAGGGCCUCGAGAACACCGACUACCUCUGCAACAUGGACCCGUACGCGGUUCUGAGAUGCACCUCGCAGGAGCAGAAGAGCACCGUCGCCUCAGGAAAGGGAAGUGACCCUGAAUGGAACGAAACCUUUGUGUUCACCGUCUCUGAGAACGCACGCGAGCUCGUCAUCAAGCUCCUCGACAGUGAUGGUGGCACGGAAGAUGACAGCGUUGGUGAAGCAACGAUCCCAUUGGAUGGAGUGUAUACUGAAGGAAGCAUCCCACCAACUGUUUACAAUGUUGUCAAGGACGAAGAGUACCGUGGAGAAAUCAAAAUCGGUCUGACGUUCACUCCGGAGGAGGCUCGGGAUGAGGAUCAACCCGAGGAAAACUAUGGUGGGUGGAACCAGUCAUCUUGAGAAGAAGCGGAUGUUUUGCUGAGCUAUGGUGCGUGACAAGUCGUGUGCUAGAACUAAAGCUUAUUUUAAUUCUUUUUAAGGACUGUAUUUAUCGUUGAUUCCCUCAGUGCUAAGACUCUCCUUAUUUUAUUUUUUUGAGGGGAGACUCUCCUUAUUGAUUGGUAUCAUUUUCUAGUAUUCAAAAUUGUAAUAACGGUGUUCCCCACUUGUAUGAAGUAUUAGCCCUCUUUAAUGUUCACUAAACUGAUUUGCAACAGUGAUGGUCCCAUUUCUUAAGAGAUAGUAAUUCGUUA